AAAAGUUGCAAGUGGGUUCCACUGUGAUUAAUAUCCUUCCUAACCUUUUUUGGUUCUUGUUCUUGCAUAAUUUUAUUGUUAUUAUGAUCUAAUCAUGAAUAAAAAUGUGUUCAUUUUUUCUAUAGAACAGAGUAUGCGUGUGGGAAAAACCUACAUUCUGUAUAGCAAAACUCAAAAAUGAAGAAUAAGAAGAGAAUUCACAGAUGAAACUAUUUGAUUUGAUUUUUUUUCUUGCUUUUUAUGUUUCAUGUGUCUAAUGCAUUAUGAUUUGAAGUACUAUAAAAAGGGUUUACUCGGAAUUGGAUUGAUGUUUUUCUUCACUAUGAAAACACAAAUGUGACGGUUGUUAAAUAAAGUCUAUAAUGGUCGGUCUAAAACUAAACACGUACCUCUCAAUGUAAACGCAUAUAUGUUUCUUUGGUGACUUGGGGAGAGUUAGAAUCUGAUUGGCUCGACUAACAUGUAGUUUGAUCGUGUUCUCCGGAUCGAAACAAGUGAUCUUUGAUCUUAAGAAUUGAAUAGAACAUUUUUAGUUGUACAUAUCACGUGAUAAUGGAGAAGAUGUUUGAUUGCACUAAAUUGAUAGACUGUGAGCUAUGCAGAUUAGGGUUCCAAACUUCCAGCGGUGCUUGUCACCGUUCGCUAUCAUUUGAUUUUCAAGAAGGGAAUAUUUUUACGGCUAAACUAUUUGAUUAUUGUUUAACUGAUAUUAUUUGAAGGAAGCUAUAUAUAUUUAAUUACUUGCUUUAAAGAAUAUGUACCCAUGAUCAUAUUGUUAAUUGUAAGAGUAUUUUCUCGUAGGGUAGUAGAUUCCUGAGUUAUUACCUCAACUACUAAUUUACAAGACAAAUGGUUUCUGAAGGCUUCGAUGCUUCAAUGUAUAUAUAUUAUUGGAAUGGUUAUUAUUAUUUUGUUUCUGCAAACUUACGAAUUCAUCAAAAUUAUAUUGUUACUAGAAAAAGAAAAUUGUAUUGUUACUCGAAAAAAGAAAAUUGUAUUGUUACUCAAAAGAGUGAAACACUGCAAGUAAACACGCUCCAUGUUGACAAUGAAUUUUAAGGUAAAAACAACAGUUUCGUGUCUUCCUAGAAACUUCUGGUUCUGUAUUGCUCAACAAUCUCCGUUAUGAAACCGAGACAUUCGUCAGAAACUGAAAUGACUAGAAUAAUUGAAUUGUGGCAAGCAAUACCAAGCGGAGCGGCAAAUAAUUUACGAAUGCUAACUAAAUAUUUUAUAUUAUAAAAAUUAAAAGUAUUGAUCCUUAGAAAAUCAAAUAAUUUAUUUUAGCAUUUGGACUGUUUAAUCGAAAACCAAGAGUUGUACUAAAAGAAAUGACCAUUCCAACAACUAUAGAUCACACAGUUCAUCAUAGGAAAAAUGGAUGAAACUUUGCUUAGCCUCAUAUUUAAAUAUUUUGUGUGCAAAGAAAAAGAAAACAACAGAGAUUCAUUUUUAUAUGCUAGAAACACACAAUAGAAACAUAAUUGAAUAUGUAUAUAUGCACAAGAGUCUUUGUUAAGCGUUUGUAGAAAUAUACGUUAUAAAACGUUUAUUGAUGUACACAUAUGUCUACGUGUAUGUGUGUAUAUAUAGAGAAAAAGAAGGAACAGAGCCAUAAAGAAACAGAAAGAAAAAAGGAGCAGAAACGUACCAAAAGAAGUAAGAGAAAGACUCGGUAUCAGUUGUGACCCAAAUAUCAUAAAAGCCCUUUCCAUUUUCAUGCACUCCUCUUUUUCUAAUUACUUAUUACACUUCUCAUCAUCUUCCCUUCCUAUUUGUUUUUCUAUUUUCUUCCCAUUUAAUUUAAUUCAUUUCUCAUCUUCACUUUGAAAAUCAAAUCAGUAGAUCUGAUUUACAAAAAAAAAAAAUUAUGUAUCUUUUUUAUUGAGAAAUUUGGCCCAAUAACCAUAAAAAAUUAAAAUUAAGAAACUAACCAAACUUCCUCCUCUCUCUAUUCCUUAUCAUUCCUAUACUUCUCUAUAGCUUAUGGUUAAUUUCUUAGUUUUAGUUUGUUUUUUUGGUCAUUUCACCAAUUCAUCCUUUAAUUUAAUUCUUUUUGUCUAUUUCCUUCCCAUUUAUUUCAUUUUUGAAGCUGUAAAAAAUAAUUUAUUCUCACAAAAUCAAUCAUAAGAUCUGGUUUUCCAACAGUUUAUUUGUUUUUUCUGUACUUUUAAUUUUGAACACAAAAAGUACUUUUAAUUUUAAUUUUGUUAUACUCUCUAUAUUUCUCCUUCUUCUUCACGCCGCCUACCAAAUAUAAACACACUCUCUCUAUCUGUAGCUUGCAUUCUCUUUGCAUUUUCCUCUCAGUUGUUUUUAUCUUUUCACUGUUCUCUCUUCUUCUUCUUGUUUUUUUGUUUCCUCUUUCAGAAACAAAAUUGUUUUCUUUUUAUAUUUUGGUUUUUAAUCUUUUGUUUCCCUUCCUCUCUUUGCGUGUGUGAGAUUUUUUUCCUCCCUUCAUCACCUUUUGUCGAUUGGUGAUUUUAUAUGUUAAUCUUGCUUCUUCGACCUCACUGGUAAACAACAAUCUCUCUCACAUUGUCUUCACAGAGAUUUUUAUCAUCCACUGUCUCAGGAGUAUUGUUCACUGAUCGUCACAACUUGGACUUGAAAGUUUGGAACUUCUCGGUGUGUUGAGUGUACUAAUCAUCGAUCUUGAGGAUGGGUCAUAGAAGAAGAAAUGAGCCAGAGUUUGAUGAGUUUGAGAAGCUUCUUGGAGAGAUUCCAAAAGUUACUUCAGGAAACGACUUUAGCCCUUUCCCUAUGUGUUUUAGCUCAAGAAGAUCAUCACCAUCCAUAAUCCAAGAUCUUCCUGGUGGCCUCUCUGCAUUUGCUGAAGGAAACUUAAACUUUGGAACCCCAAAUCAAACUCUGGAGUACCCCCAUGAUACGUUCACUCCUUCUUACAACUCUCCAAGUAGCUCACCUUUUGUGUAUGACAAGUUUGAUUCAAGAAAACUCGAUCCACAAAUGUUUAGGAAGCUGCAACAUGUUGGUUACUUUCAGAAUGCUCAGCCGCAGCCUCACAAUCACGCUUUGGAUCAUCAGUCUCAUAUCAACUGGAGGAGUAACGAAGAAGGGAGGAUGAAUCUGCAAGAAGAACACUACAUGUCUCUGAACCCUCAUUGCCUCUACCUUUACAACAACAACCCUUUGAUGGAAACUCCUCCAAGACGGGAACAUUUCGAUUAUCACCGAGCUCAUGAUGGUGAUGAAAGCCUGAGGAGUUUGGAUGGGGUGGUAAGGAAGAGAAUGUACUAUCCAGAGAAGAUCCUUAUGAGAUCAAACACCGCUAAAGUCAUAAACUACGGUGCUGGAGAUGAUGAUACACAAAGCGGAAGAAGACUUUGGUUCAACGAAGAUCUUGCAGUGAGCCUCAACAACUUGACAUUGCAACAACCUCCAAAGUAUAACUCUCCUGCAGGUACAAAAGCGAAGAUAUAUCACAUGGCCAAAGAUCAGUACGGUUGUCGCUUCCUUCAGAGAAAAUUUGCUGAGGGAGAUGGUAAAGAUAUCGAAAUGAUCUUCAACGAGAUCAUUGUCUAUAUAGGUGAGCUUAUGGUAGACCCUUUUGGCAACUAUCUAGUUCAGAAGCUGCUUGAAGUAUGCAGCCAAGAUCAGAGGAUGCAGAUUGUUCAUUCCAUUACUAGAAAACAAGGAGUGCUUAUCAAAAUCUCUUGUGACAUGCAUGGGACUAGAGUUGUUCAAAAGAUGGUUGAAACGGUUAAGAGACAAGAGGAGGUUUCAAUGAUCAUGUCUGCUUUGAAGCAUGGCGUUGUGAGUUUGAUAAAGAGUGUAAACGGUAAUCACGUUGUUCAACGAUGCUUGCAGUAUCUGUUACCUCACUGCGAGAAGUUUCUUUUUGAAGUAGUGAUUGCUCACUGUGUUGAUCUUGCAACUGAUCAACAUGGAUGUUGUGUUCUUCAAAAAUGUAUUGGCUAUUCCAAGGGAGAACAAAAGUACCACUUAGUCACUGAGAUUGCCUCCAAUGCUCUACUCCUCUCUCAACACCCUUUUGGGAACUACGUUGUUCAGUAUGUUCUUGAGCUACAACUUCAAUGGGCUAUCAACGGGAUCCUAGAGCAGCUAGAAGGGAACUACACCGAGCUAUCCAUGCAGAAAUGUAGCAGCAAUGUAGUUGAGAAGUGUCUGAGACUAGCUGAUGACAAACACCUAACUCGUAUCAUCAGAGAACUCGUAAACUAUGGUCUUCUUGACCAAGUUAUGUUGGAUCCUUAUGGAAACUAUGUCAUUCAAGCAGCUCUAAAAAGGUCCAAGGGGACUACUGCUUAUGGUCUUUUGGUUGAUGCUAUUAAGCUUCAUGUACCAUCUCUACGUACCAAUCCUUACGGUAGAAAAGUCCUAUCUGCACUUUGCUCGAAGAAGUAAAAUCAGCAGUUGCAGAUUUGUAGCAAAAGUUGAUGUGUUGUUGUUGUUGCUUGUUGGUCAAGUUACCUUGUAAAAUGUAAUGUGUAAUAAGGAAGCGUAGUUCGCAGGUUUAUGGUUUAAAGAUCCAAAGAGACAAAAGAUUCAGAAUGGCUUGUUUUGUAAUCUGAUCUUACAAUCAAUCUUUGUUUUGUAAUCUGAUCUUACAGUCAUCUUUGUUCUGUAGUAUCGAAUUAAAUAUUUCUUAUUAUACAUGAAAAGGGUAAUCAA